AUGGUGCACCAAUCCCCAGAACCAGUAGUGCAGCAAGUAUGUAACUUCAUGUCUCACGAAAAAUGUUUGAAGAAUGUGAGGACUCUUUGCUCGUGUCUGGCAGCAAACCUUGUGAAGAUUCCUGUGGCGCACUGUCUUGGGGCUCCUGGACAGUACAAAAAGAAAUUUUGCUCUGUAUGUAGAAAACAACUGGAGGAGACUCCUGCAAUACGAUGUGAAGUGUGUGAGUUACACGUCCACACAGACUGUGCAGCAUUCGCAUGCAGUGACUGCCGACGAUGUCAUCAAGAUGGACAGCACGAUCAUGAUUUGUAUCACCAUCACUGGAGGGAAGGGAAUCUCUCUUCUAAUGCACGUUGUGAAGUCUGUAAGAAAUCAUGUGGUUCCUCGGAAGUCCUGUCAGGCAUGCGAUGUGAAUGGUGCGGGACUAUGGUUCAUGUUGGCUGCUACAGUUUUCUCACAUCAGAAUGUAACUUUGGAAGACUAAGGUCCAUGAUUCUUCCUUCAAACUGUGUGCGUUUGUGUUCUCGCAAUUUCAGCAAGUUCCAUUGUUUUCGUAUAUCAGAGAGUCCUCAGAUGGAACAAAAUGAUGAUGAAGACAAUGAUGUUGAUAGUGGAAACAGUGGUUCAUAUAAAGACUCACAGUCUGCUUCUACACCUGAUUCUGGUAAGCAAUCCUUGAAACUUUUUGAUGGGAAUGACACCAUCAAGCGGAACCUAUUUCGUCUUAUUACUGUACCUCGCAUUUCAAAAAUAGAAGAAGCAGUGGAUGCUGCUCUGCGAGCAUACUAUAUUCCUGAUGAUCCUCAGGAUUAUGAGCUCCAAACCUUCACCCAGGAUGUUUCCUCUAGUGAGGAUAUUAUCAACAGUAAUGGAAAUCCUGGAGAAACCAGGAACCAUUUGGUGUUUCGUGACACCAUACCUGAAGCUUGGGUACUACGAGCAAAACCAAAGGAUUCUGAAAUAGUAAAGAUUUACCCUGGAUGGCUAAAACUUGGCGUGGCCUAUAUCUCAAUGCCUAUAAAUAAAGAAACUAUAGUUGAAGCAGUUAUCAAGGAGGUUCUUUUCCAGCUAGGACGGCAGGACGAAAACCCCGAUGAUUUCCAAUUGAUAGAGAUAUUCAUGGGUUGUAAAGAAGUCCAGCGAGUGGCACUCUAUCAUCAGGAACUGUUUCUUUGUAGACUUCAACAUAUUAGAAAGACAUCAAUUCGACAAAUGAAUCAGACCCGGUUUUAUAUCACAAAGAACAAGAAUUCAGUGGUGCAGAUCAUACUUUUGGUUAUAGGCCUCCCACCUAAGCUGUCUGAGGAAGAUUAUCUCGCCCUCCUGAAGAAGCACUUAGACAUCAAAAGUAACCUAAUAUCUCUAAGUUACGUUUACGCAAUUCAAGGUGCAGUCGUACUGGAUAUCUCGUGCUUUACAGAAGCAGAGAGGAUUUACAUGCUAGUUAAAGAUAUUAUUAUCCACGAUAAACAACUCACAUCUAUCAUAAUUCCUGAAAUUCGGUACAAGCAGGUGCCGCAGGACUGUUGUCCUCUCCUUCUCUUCGUGAAUCCAAAAAGUGGGGGCCUUAAAGGCCGGGAGCUGCUAUGCAGCUUCCGAAAACUGCUGAACCCACAUCAGGUCUUUGACCUUUCUAAUGGAGGACCUCUGCCUGGACUCCACACAUUCCGCCAUGUUCCAUAUUUCCGAAUACUGGUUUGUGGAGGAGACGGAACGGUUGGCUGGGUUCUUGGUGGACUGGAAGAACUCCGAUUUAAACUGAGCUGUUCAGAACCUCCUGUGGCUAUAUUACCGUUGGGAACAGGCAAUGAUUUGGCAAGGGUGCUUCGCUGGGGUCCCGGUUAUAGUGGAGAUGAUCCCUAUUCCAUUCUGUUGGCUGUCGAUGAAGCAGAGGAGAUCCUGGUUGAUCGUUGGACAAUCCUGUUAGAUUCCCAGGAAGCUGUCGAUGACCCUGAAAAUGGCAUUCCAGAGCUCGAGCCACCAAAGAUUGUACAGAUGAACAAUUAUUGUGGUGUUGGAAUUGAUGCAGAGUUGAGUCUGGACUUCCAUCAAGCAAGGGAAGAAGAUCCGGACAAAUUCAAUAGCAGAUUUCAUAACAAAGGUGUAUAUGUCAAAGUUGGACUGCAGAAGAUUAGCCACACCCGAAGCCUUCGCAAGGAUUUGAAGCUACAAGUUGAUGAACGUGAAGUAGAGCUUCCAAAUAUUGAAGGCCUGAUCUUUCUUAACAUUCCCAGCUGGGGGUCUGGAGCAGACUUGUGGGGGUCUGAUAAUGACAGCCGGUUUGAUAAAUCCAAGCUUGAUGAUGGUAUACUUGAAGUCGUUGGGGUUACCGGCGUAGUACAUAUGGGACAGGUGCAAGGUGGAUUGCGCUCUGGAAUCCGUAUUGCACAGGGGACAUAUUUCCGUCUCACGCUGUUAAAACGACUUCAUAUGCAAGUUGAUGGAGAACCAUGGAUUCAGCCACCAGGACAUGUGAUCAUUUCUGCAGCAGGACCAAAGGCUCGCAUGUUGAGGAAAUGCAAACAGAAACAAAAGAAGCAGGCGGGAAGUUUCAAGGAGGCACGUUCAGAAAGCAUAGCAACCAAUGAAAUGGGGAACUGAGAAAACACGCCUGUACUAAUCUGGAACAAAGCUUAAUAUGUCUUACUUGUUUGCAGUUAAUUCAUCAGAAGUUUAGCUCCAUAAAUCAAGGGAUCGGUCAUUGUAAUUAUUACAUUUUGCAAAGGUUUGCAUUGUGAGAUUGUUUUGACCAUUUCCCUUGAAACGCUUAUGUUGCUUAUGUUGCAAUCAAGUGCCUCAUAGUUCAACAGUAACCUCAUAACCAGGUGCUGACUCAUCAGUCAUUUUUUAACCAAUCAAUGUUUCGCUUUCUCCGAUAAAUUGGCUUGUUAUCAAGAUAUCAUUGAUAAAUCGAGAGGCAAAGCAUCUUUUACAUUUUUUGUAAUCACAGCAAAUGCCUCACUUUGAAGCCGUAUUCCGAAUUGUUUCAUCGUACUUGGAAAUGGGUUACUGAGUUGAGUCUUAACUUACAUAAACUUGUGCAAUUGAUGGGUCUGAGAGAGCAUCUCACUGCGCAAGAUCCUAGCUCAACAAACACUCUUGGUGUGAGCAGACCAAGGCUGGCGAGUUGAAAUUCAGUCAAUUCUCAGUUGGAACAUUGCUUACUUGGUUCUCAAGGAGUUUCAAUCGAGAACCAGGACCCUUUGAAAAAUUAUUCUGAGUGCAUUAUAGAUACAAUAGCUUCUUACAGGAGAAAGACAUUCAGAGUUCCUUAGUAUUUGUUUACCUCUGAUGUUUUAAAUUAACACAGUGGAACUCUGAGCAGAUUUUUAUAUUUGAGCUUACUAGAGUUGAUCUAAAGUGAAUAGCUCUCUUAUACCUUAUCAAAGACAAAUGUGUUUAGAAAGAAAAUAGUUUUAUGGUGAAAGAAUAUUUAUGGGUAUUAGUACAUUCAGGGAUAUUUUGUGAGCACAUGGAUAGAGUAAGAAGUUUGCAAUGCUGGUUAAGCAUUCUAACAUACACAAUAGUGACCACACAACAAACAAGCAAUAUAUUUUGACACCUCCCAAUGUGUCCCUCCUUUUAUAAAAUUACUGUAAUAAGAACACUAUUGUGGUAAAAAUCCAGGAAAACAUUUGACACCAUCAUAACUUCUGCCUGGUUUACACUGCUGGAAGUGAGGUGACAUUGCUUCCAGCAUUAGAGUAAUGUGGAGCAAAAAGCCUGAGUUAUAUUUCUCACGCCCAUUUGCUUUCCCCUGUGGCUGAGGGGAGAUCUGCAAUUGCUUAACUAAGUAAAUCUCUGCAAAUAGCACCGUGUAAAUUGAACUUUAAACUUCACAGAUCAUGUACCUUGCAACCUAUGUUGAGAUUUGAGAUCCUGUUGUGUUGACAAAGCUGUCAGAUAAUAUUUAAUCAUUCCAAUCAGGUUUGUGUGAAAUACUGCACAAAUAUGUAAUAUGUAUUAUAAAUUAAUCCCUACCCAGACAGGACAGCUACAGACAUGAUGAGGAUCGUGAUGAGGGUCUGUGAAAUGUGCCUAAACAUAAGAUGAACACAUUUGUGACAUAAACCCCAGUGGAAGUCAGUGAAUUCAUGCUCUGUAAUUGAUCACAUAAUGUCGUUAUGGCCAGUUAUAAAGUUAUAAAUAGUGUUUUACCUCCCAAGGGUUAGAAUUGUUCAUUGCCAGAAAUUGCAAUACUGUGCCAAUUUUUUCACUAAAUGCCUACACUAUGCUGUGUAAAUAAUAGUUUACAGCACAUCACAGAAUCAUCUAGUGAAUUCUACUCCAACUUGUUUCUAUUAAAUUGCUGUUUGAAUUGGCUGCACACUUUUUUCAAAACUUAAGAGCACACACAGGUUGGUGUAGCUGUACAGAUUACAUGUGGUAUUAAAAUCUGAUAACAGAACUUAGAGCAACAGCUCAAAUGAUGUGCCCAGGUACUAACCUGCUUGGGAAGUCACUUACAAGUCAUCUCUCUCUCUGACAUGUAUACAUUCUUCCCUGGGAGAAAGGAAAAUGAAACCAAAAUAAUGGCAGUAACUGGCACACUUUGGGUUUUACAGUGAUGCAAAGAGGAUAGUUCCUGCAAAACAAUGUUUUGAUCCGUAGCACUCUGUUUACACGAUAGAAAAUAUAUUGCUUAUAAGCUUUCAAAUUGGCUCAAGACCUUUGCUCAGCUUGGGCUUGUUUUGACCUUAAACACAUGUGACAAACCCACUUGUGUGAAAUUAUGUUUCAGGAAUGAUUUCUUAUCUAGAUACUUAAUAAGUAAGGUGGAUACAGUGCUGGGCUACACUGAGGUAUGACCUGUUGAUUACGAGAGAUUAAUGAAAUGUUUGAAUUAUGUUGUAUAUUUUUUGAAUAACUUCGCUCAUUCCCUGAGUAGAAUUCUUACUGGAAUCUGAUUCACUGUCACACAUGUUUAAAUGAUGCGUGGGCUGAAAUAUCAGUCGGUAUUAUAUCUAACCCCUUUGCUGAUGCAAAAUUAUAAUAGGGCAAUCUCAUCAGCGAUUAAUAUCAACAAAGGUGCUUUGCAUAACUGACCAGAAUUUCAAACUAAGGAACUGAAAGUACUGGAAUCAGUGUUAUGAGAUGAUUUUACCAAGCUAAUCAUAGUUAGUGGUUCACAUUAUAUACUGUACACAUUUAUUGAAAGAAAGUUAAAAAUAUAAUUUCUAAAGCAGCCAUGGCAACAAAGUACUGUGUACUAAGGAACUAAUGUUUUUUUUUGCAGGAACUGAGUUCUAGCAUUUUUCUGAUAUUGCAGCACUUCCAAGGAAUAGAAGUUGGAUCCCUUUGGGAAAUGAAAACGAUUUCUAGCUCCCAAAAUGUUUACAUUUUUAAAUUCUAAAGUUUUCUUUCAGUAAUGUUAGCACAUUCUGGAAUAUAUAGUAACAUUUGUACCUCUUGAGUUGUCAGAACCAAUUUAUUUUAUUACAAGUCUUUAAUAGAUCACUUUAUUUUAACGGUUUCAAUUUUAAAUUUCUUGGGGAACAAUUGUGUAGCAGCUAUUUUUUUUAAUUUAAUGGAAAAUGUAUUCCCAAAGGUAUUGAGUUGCUACAGUUUCUAACUUGGUUACAUUCUAAAAUUCUUGUUUUAUAGCAAAAUAAUGAUCCCAAUCACAUCUGCUAUUAAAGCCAAUGAUGUGAGUAUUUAUCCUCCGUUUAUAGCCUACAGAUACACAGACAGUACACUUCACUGCAACUCCUGUAACUCCCUUAAAACAUCUCUGUAUAAUAAGGAGCUCUGUCUAAUGGGAAGAUUUUAUUAAUAUAGAUUUAUGAAAGAUCCUGACACAAUUUUUGUUAAUGGUAAACCACAAAUUAAUAUCGUGGUCAUUAUCAUUCAGAGGAUGGGAAGUCCAGACUUAAAUGAAGUCUGGGGGGUCAGUCUUCUGGAUCACUGAAGCUUGUAGGUACUACAAUUAAUUGCGUGACAGCCAGUAACUCUUCCCCAUUUUGUCACUGGUCAUGUUUGCCAUUGUUUGGCAGAAGGGAUGUUAGCAGUAUGUCAGACAUAUCGCAUCAUUUGCCUAAAACCUAUCAACCUUAUCAAUAUUUGAAAUGAAUGUAAGAAUGAAGAAAAUGUAUUCAGCUCAUCCAUCUUUAUCCGUUUCUUCCUUCAGAAACUAAACCAUUUUCAUUACAAAUUCCAUCCUUUUAUUAAAGGACAAAUCAGCCAUUUUUUUCAUUUGCCUUUGUAAUACUUUUCUUGUUAAAACUCAUUUGGAUUAAGUCAUCCAGUGUUGUUUUUGAUUACAUUAUGGUACAGCAUUAAAAACAUUCAGUUUCUGUAUUGCCUCCAGAAAUAGAUACUACUGUUUCAUAUAGAGAUUGUGAGUGUUGUCCUGUGAACAUUGUAAUUUUAUCUCUGUUGGGUAGUGCUUGUAUUUCUUUAAUGGAAUCCAGUCACAAGGUGCAGAUGCUUGGUGUAAUACCAUAAUUCAUAAAGAAUUGUUUAUUAGGCAAUAUGACAAUACAGUACUUUCAGUAUUGACUUACUCAAACAAGCAAACAUGAAAAAGGUAGAAUUUAAACAGAACAAUUUUCUGCUCAAAGUGCCAGUAAUGCCAACCAAACAAUCCUUGAAUUACCAUUUCAUGUCAGGGCUUUGAUGAGUUUUGGGAUUUUUUCUUUUAGAGUGCUGGAAUCCAUAAGAACUGCCAAUGUGUUCAAUGUGUUGAAAGCAUCUAUGGCCUUUGUCUAAAACUUGUUGGAUGUGAAAGUAUACUGUUUACUUGUGGAAACGAUUUCUUCCUGUAGUUUGUCUUAUGCAAUGUUAGUUCUCGAGUUUCUGUUUUGUAGCCUAAGCAGUGGGAAGACCUCUUGCACACAAGUUUUGUGUUGUGCUACUCGUGGUUCAUUUGUCGAUGACCUAAGUAAGGACCAUAUCAUUCCACCACCUGUACUAAAAUUAGAAUUUGCGUCCUUUGAUGUUGACUACAUCAGUUGUGUAUAUUUUGAAGUGAUAAGGUAAAUGAUUUGCUUUUGUUGUAAAAAUUUGCACUGAAAGUGUGACAUAUAAUCACUUAUUCUGAAUGUAUUGUUCAAUAGAGACUUAUGGAAAGAAUUCCAACAUUUCUGCAAUUUAAUAAAACCAAAUUUCUAUG